ACUUCAUCCUCCAGGGCAUGCAGCUGUCGACAAUCGCCCUGGGCACAAUAGUAGCCCGAUCCGUAAUUGGGGCUUUCUACGGACCCCUGAAGCGGCUCUAGCUUCCAUCCGUUCUUUGUACUAGCCCUGACACUUCGCUUGCCCAGCGUCGUCCGAGCUGGUCAUCGAUUGUGCGUUCUAUUCGUCUAUGCUCGACGCCAACCCGAAGUUUGCGGGCGUAAGCCGGCCGUCCCAUGAUAAUAUGCGAUGCAUACCUCGCCGCCGUUUCAUCAUUUUAGCUCUCGAUCGCAACUCGUAUCUUGGGCGAUACUUCUGUUCGCCCCCCCUGUGCACAAAAGCUACAGCACAGAGUCAUAGCACGCAUAGUGCCAUGUUGCUCCGCAGCCUCUCUUUCUCAAUUGCCUUGUGCCUGCUGCUUCCGGCUCUUGCGCAGGGACAGCAUGAUCUCGUAGUCCCGACUGACCUUGAUUGCCCGCGCGGUUCUGCGCCGAGUUUUGUGCACAACAACUAUGCCUUUCUGGCUCCCGCGCAUGAGUUCAUCCACAUCACCCAGUCUUUCUUCAAUCUGAGCUGGUAUGGCGCCAACGCGACCGUCGUAACGGGGAAGAACAACGUCCCAGGCGCAACGCGCAGCGGGUCGUUCGCGGGCGCCUCCUUCAACGAGACGCUCCUCUCCUAUCGCAAAGACACGACGUCGCCGUCGCCGUCGUUCCUCGAAUACACGUACCGCGGGCAGCCGGGGCCGUUCGUAAACCCGACGCAGCCGUGGUUCAGCGUGCAGGCGCAGGGGUACAUCGAGACGUUCCGGUUCACGGGCAUCUGCGCUAAGAGGGCGACGCUGGUCGAGGUCACCACGCAUGUCUGCUCGAGCAACCAGGUCUUGGCGUACAAUUACGUGACGCAGUUCCACGAUGCUGUGCUUCCGGCUUUGGGGGCUGGUCUGCGCGCGCCUAUCCUGAGCGGCGACUGCCCGUCGAAGUAAGGAAGAGGAAGGGUCGAGAUUCGAAACUUGUAGUACGGUGCUCCCUGUGCCUUGCGCAAGAUGCAUAGCCAUAAAUGGAGACAGAGUUCAAACCGAAAUUCGAAGAAACUGAUGUCAGUGUACGAAUAUGACCGUCUUCAAACGACGUAUUGUAC